AUGGAGCGCUACGCUUUGCAGUUCCGCCUGGGCGACGUCGUCGCAAUCCUCACCCACAUGGUCGGCGCCGGCCUGGCGCCCAACUCCAACACGUACCGCAUCCUGCUGCUGGCCUGCCAGAGGGCAGACCAGCCCGAGCUCGCGUUUGAGGUGUACAACCUCAUGCGCAUCAACAAGGUGCCCAGUAAGGACCUGACCUCGCAGGCCAUCUGCUUCACUCUGCUCAAGUGCUGCCUCAACCGGCUGCGCCAGAACUGGCUGCCCGGCGGCUACCCGCCGCGGAUCGACCGCGUCGCGGGCGGCGGCGGCGGCGGCGGCGCGGUGCCGUGCCUGCGGCAGGAGGCGCGGCAGCUGCUGGCGGUGCUGGAGCCGCAGGGCGCCGCGCGCAGCCGGCGGCACACGUUUUUGGAUAACAAGGAGAACGUCAACUGGCAGGCGCUGGCUCUGGGGACGUACCGGGACUUUGUGGCGGCGGGCCUCAAGCCUGACCUGGACGUGCUCGACAAGCUGCUCGCCUGCCUACGCCUGCCGCUGUCGCGCAGCGUGCCGGGCAACGCCGCGGCCGGCGCCGCGUCGCCGCUGGAGGCGAGCGCGGCGGCGGGGGAGACGGCGCAGGACAUUGAGACGCCGUUUGAGCGGCGGGCGCUGGAGGUGCUGGGUGACGCAAUCAACAUGGGCCUGCUGCCCUCGUUCACGCUCGACGCACCCUGCCAGGUCGACCUGCGGGCGCUGCCGCCGAGCGUGGCGGAGGUGUACGUGCUGCACCUGCUGGCGGCGGUGGAGGCGCGCGCGUCGAGCCCCAACAAGCGCCCCUUUGUCCACCGCAUCAAGGGCGGGCAGCAGCAGCAGCAGCAGCAGCAGCAGAAGGAGCACCGCCAUCUGGGCUCAGUCCUGGUCCCGCCGUUCGACCCCAACUACACUAUGUGGCCAAACUAUGUGGAGAAGCUGCACCUGCACUAUGCGGACGAGCUGCUGGAGCGGCAGGCGCGCCUCAGGGCGGAGGCGGCGCUGCUGCGGCGCGCGGGCGGCGGCGGGGAGGGCGGCCUGGAGGACAGCGAGGACGAGGAGGCAGCGGCGGCGCACGCGCCUGGUGGGUGGGGUGCGGCGGCGCUGCGGGGCUGGGCGUGGGGCCGAGGGGCUUGCGCCGGCUGGGGCAUCGGGCAGGAAGGGGAUGCGGUUGCGGCAGCGUGCAUGCGUCAGGUGGAGGAGGGCCGCGCAGCCAAAGCGCGCACGCGGUUGCGCGAGCCGCUGCCUUUCAUUGGCACGGCGCCCGUGCAAUGCCUUGGAGCCUCCUAA